AUGCCGGAAGUGACACCACCAGAAGAUACGAAUAUGAAGCCUUCUGAUCCAGAUUCAGAUGCUGAGUUAGAAGCAGCCAUAGAAGUGGAACCUGAAGUUGAAACAGUUCCUCCUGAGGAUAUCAGUAGUAUCAACAAAGAUGACAGGAAUGGGUCCGCACACGCACCAGCAGUAGCAGCAUCCGGUCCAUCAACGAGCUCACCAUUCAAACUACCUCCAAAUCCAAGUAUCCCUCAAGAUUUAUCGAUUAUCAUGGAAAUGGUGAAUCAGAAUCAAGUAGUCGGAUCAUUACCUCCCGUUUCUAUGACAGCUGCAGAAAAGAGAAAAUUGGUAGAAGAGAGUUUGAAAGAUCGUGUUGUCAAAGCAGAGCAACAUGCUCAGCCAAUCUCCAAUGUAGCAGAAGGAAACGAGAACGAUUCGGAUACGGAUUCUGAUUCUUCGAGUGAAUUCGUUUCAUCAUCUGAAGAUGAAGAUGAAGACGAAGACGGGAGAAAACUAAAAAAUGUGACGGAAUCGAUCGAUGUACCUAUGAACGAACAAGAUCACACACAGCUAAAGAAAGAAUUAGAUGAUUUCGUCGAUGUACAAGCUGAAGCAAACCAAGAUCCAGCUGAGUUUGAGGAAGAUUCAGAAUAUACAUCGUCUGAAGAAGAAGAAGGAGGAGGUGGUGGUGAUGAAUCGUUCCCUGGAUUGAAUCAAAUGGGAUUCGAAUUCAUGGAAGAUGAUGAAGAUAUCUCUGGACCAUCAACUUCUGGACCUAUAACUUCAAUACAUGAAGCCCCAUUGCCAGCUGUACCUCAACCUCCCCUGGAGAAAUUACCACAAGGUGAAGGUGUAAGUUUAGCUGGAGACGUGAUUUCUUGGAUGAGGGAGAAGAAAGUUGAAGCUUGGUUAGAGAAACGAGCUUCUACUUUGGAACAGGAGCAAGAGAAACAAAUGCCUAUUGAAGAAAAGAUUGAUUCAGCCAUCAAGGAAAAUCAGAAAGAAACAUCGAAUGAUGAAGAAGGUGAAGUCUCAGAAGAGACGAUACCGGCAAUCACUGUUACUUCCUCGAGGUCCAAUAUUGCAGAACAUAAAUUCACGUCGGCAGGUACGGUUGUUGUCAGGGCUAUGCAAUCAAGACCUGGAGCAGCUGAUGAGGGAUGGCUGGAAGAGGGAAGUGUGUUAUGUUGGGAAGAUGGAAGGGUGUUAGGAACAGUACACGAAACUUUCGGUCCAUUGACUUCACCAUUCUAUACAAUCCGAUUACCACCUCCUCCAUUCCCUUAUCCUGCUUCUUCAUCACUCUCACCAGGUACCCGUCUAUUCUAUCCAUUGAAUCCAUCUUAUCGAUCGUUCGUGAAUAUGCUCGCUGUUCGUGAUCCACGAUUCAAAGGUUCAGAUGCAUCUAAUCUCUAUGAUGAAGAAAUUGGUGAAGAAGAGAUGGAAUGGUCAGAUGAUGAAUUGGAAAUGGAAGCUAAACGAAGGAGGAAAGCCAGGAAAGGUUCAAAAGCACCUUCAAACGCAAAUAUGAGUUCAAAGGGAAAGGGAAAGGAGACUCCGAAGAGUAAUUUGACAGGACAUGGAUUACCUAACAGGCCUCAUUUCGACUAUCAUGAUUCCAAUGAUCAAGCCGAAUCCGAUACUGCAAGUUUAUACGGUGAAGCUGAUAAUGUCAAUGAUCAAGAUUGGGAAAGAAUGUCAGAUAAUGCAAGUGUUACCAGUACGAGAAGUAGAGCAUUACCUGCUCCAUACGAACUUGAUGACCUGGAUUCGCCUCAAAUACAACCGUCGGCAGGUGCAAGAGGUGGAGGAGGAAGAGGAAGAGGUCAAGGAAGAGAAAGAGGUUCAGGUCGAGAUAGAGGAAGAGGAAGAGGAAGAGGUAGAGGAGGUAAAGGUGGAUCAAGAGGUGGUGCUGGUGGAGGUGGGACAAGUGGAGAUGGAAGAAGAAAUGCAAAUACGUCAAAUAAUAACAAUAAUGGUAUCGAUAAUCGUCAAAGUUUCCCUCUUCCUCCAAAUCCCUUACAUCAUCAACAAGAACAACAGUAUCAUCCCCACGCUCAAUCUCAAGGUUUCAAUCAACAUUCAUACAUGUCUCAACAACAAUCAUAUCUUCCACAAUCACAACAGCCUUUCUACCCACCACAAAACUACAAUACUCAACAAUCGUUCAAUCCUCACUUCCAACAAUCGCAACAAUCACAAUCACAAUCACAAUCAUAUCCAAACUCUCACAAUCAACCAUUCCAGCAACAAUACAACAACAAUGAAGCAUAUGAACCUAAUCAACCUUCAUCAGGAAUGCCUUCUUACUCACAGCAACAACCUGCGUAUACCCAACAAUUAUUCCCGCAAGUACCACAGCAACAGCAACAGCAACCAAGCUUCCCUCCUCAAGUCGGGGGUGUUCCAGCAAUAAAUCCCAGAUUCGCUGCUCAGUAUACUCAAAUGAUGGGAAAUCAGACCCAACCACAACAACAACAACCUCAAUCACCAGCGCAAGGACAAGGACAGGGAUAUGGAUAUGGAUACGGAUGGCAGAACCAAUAUAGCGAAUAA